AUGCAGUCGCUCGAAUACCUUGACUUGUCGGCUAUCUCGUUUGAGUAUGCCGACGUCGAGAUGCCGUUUUUUUUCGGUACUGAGAACCUGAAAACCUUGAAACUGCGGAAAUGUAAAGGAUCACUUAAGUGGCUAGAACUGGUAUCAAGCUCUGGGAAGUUGACGGAGCUUAAAUACUUCGAGCUUGUUCUUACCAACAGCGGGCCUAUAACUACAACCAAGGCAAUCUGCAACUUUAUUCAUAGAGCUCCGAAAUUACAGACUCUCUGUCUCAUGGUCUGCAAACCUAUCAGUUGGGAAACUCUUAUAAGCACAGUUCGCCGUUGUAGCUCUUUGACACGUCUCGUCAUGCAUAGUUUAGCGGACGAACGUGUCCCAAUACUCGGUGGCGAAGGCAUGCCUUGGCCUUCGGGUCUGGAACAAUUAUUACAGGACAAACAGUUGGCCUGUUUUGGAUCCUCUACACCACCUACUGAACUAGCCAAUCAGUUACAAGGCUUGCAGACUCGACCUUCAUGCAAGCUUCUACACAUCAGAGCUACGGGAACGGCUAUGGUGAAUAUGCAUUUUUUGACUUACUGUAACCCAUUGUACCACCCCUUUGACAUACACAAGUUUGCGGAGUGGGCAUUCAGUGCUGACGGUCUGCCCGACCUUACCGUACUUGCUUGGGGGGAUUUCUCUCACGAAGGCCACUUUUCACAGUACAAUCGCCUCUACUGUAGAUCCAAGACUGGCUAUCGACGGUUGAACGCAUCUGACAUAUCGCUUUCGGAUCUCGUCAAUGAUAACAUGGACAUGCUAGCCGCCUGCCCAUAUACGGAUACCAAUGAUCUGACAAGCUACGACUUCAUGUAG